CAAACUCAAUGCGUCAUUUCUGGCAUUAAACGUUUGCAAUUUCACAACAGAAAAGAAAGUUUGUUUUUUAGCUUGAUCAUAAAUUUAUAGAACUUAGUAAAAUAUUUUCAAAAGGUAAAGUACAAGUCAAGGAUCUUACGUGAAAUUGAGCACAUAUUAGUAAACAUUUUACCUGCUUACAAAAAACUCAAAAUAAUGGAGGAAUACAUGAAAUUGGUCGCCCAAUACAAACGCGAUAUAAAUUCAAACGUUGAUGAAAGCAGCUCCGAGAGCGACAGCGACUCAUACGUAUCAAUGGGACAAACGGAGCGCCGAACGUCGGUUAGAGAAACAAAAGAAGUCAAUGCGGAGAGCGGAAAGCGCAAGUCUGGAACGGCGCGGCUUCCAACUAGGCGACCAGAUCCCAACGUAUACAACAGAAAUGCAUUGCUCGCGCGUGAGAAUCGCCGCAAGAAGAAGGCGCACAUGGAGGCAGUCGAGAAGGAGUUGAAUGAAACGCGUAUCACAAACCGAUCGUUGCUAAAAGCGCUCAAAAAACAACUGAAGCGCACUCAGAAGCUUGAAAGAGAGUGCCAAUUCCUGAAGGAUACACUGGGUAACUACAAAGAAAACAAAAAUGUAGCCACUCAAUUAAAUAUGGGUAUUUCAUCACCGAACAACCGAGCCCCGUCGCCGGAGGGCUCCCUGAUAUCUGCGUAUUCGAGCAGCAGCAGCUACGAACCGCCGAUGGAGACCGACUCUUACGCAGGCUUCCUGAACGGCGACAAUGAUUAUCAGCCCACGCCAGCCUACGAAGAUGAGAGCUCCACCCGAUUCGUGGAGCAGAGCAGCUUUGACCUGCAGCAGAGCCAGCCAUUGGCCAUCAUUGACGAGCAUAGCUAUUUCAAUAAGUUUGCGGAAGUAGGCCUUUACAACCCUGAUUGUGAGUGGAGUCCCAGUCGUACUCCGCCCACGCAGCUGCUGCAAGACGACGAAAUCUUGUUCAGCAACGCAGACACAGACAUCGAAUGUAUUGCAAGUCUAUAAGUUAUAGUUUAAGGUGUUUUUUAUUACCUAUUCUAAGAAGUUUUAACCAUAAUUAGAUUAAGAUAUUCGAACGCGCUCUUUUUGUGAAUCGAUAUAAUUCUUUCCACAUUGACAAUCUUAAAACUUUAUUAGCUUCGCCCAUGGAGAUUAUGAUAGAACGACAGCCCACUGCAGCAGCCCUUUGGCUUCGACGUUUAAAAUUUGAUUCACACUUUCAGGCGAGUGUGGAGGCGAGUUGGAUAAUUCAUCCAGCGCGCAAAUGAUUCAUUUGAAGGUGGGUUUCCUCGCAGGAUCUGCAAAGAGCAAAAGUUCCAAAUGAGACUAUGAUCAUCUUUUUGUGCCACUUUUUCAGUUGCGGCCAGAAUUUAAGACGAAACUCGAAAUCUAACGGAUUUCCACAAUAUAUUUUCUUCCAUGGCUGAGCCCUAACGGAAGGAGAGUUGCAGGCGUCAAGUGUAUUAAAUACAAGCAGGCGUUGUUUUUUAUUUAUUGGUUUUUAUAGAAUUUCAAAAGUGACAAAAUUAUACUAAUUUAUUUGGAUUCUGAAAUGUUUCAGAUGUUUGUUAUCGCACAGUCAAUGUGAGAUUUCAUUGAUUUUAGUGGACAGUGAGGCUUGGAACACCGGUAUGUACUUCUAUCAUAACUCCUUAAAGGCAUAUGUUUUGUAUAUAUACCUUCAAUUAUUAUUAUUUGUUGAUUUUGGAAAGAAUUAUCGAUACGAUUUCAUCAUUAUUAUGCAUUUGUUAUUGAGCCCAAAUAAAGCUAUGACUACACAAUAUUUGUGA